UCUAGGUGUGCCACCUGCUCUGAGGCCAAAGGGCCUGUGAAUGACUCCAGGUGUUGUUCCAGCCCCUGAGAUGGGUGUCAGGUUACAAGACGCAUAAUCAUUCCAGUUUGGCAACUUCACCUGUGGGGCUGUUUUAAUCGACCUGCCCCACAGUCCCCAAACCACUCCUGGAAGACAGAUAGCAGUGGGACACGGCCAGCUCCCCAGGGGGAGAGAGAUGCUGGACGCAAGGGACCGAGGCCCACCCUCCACUUAAGCCUCCUCCGACCAGUACAAGCUGGGCAUCGCUGACCUGCACGCCAGCCAGGGCCCCAUUCUGGGGCCCUGCUCCUGACUUGGGCUGCUGACCUCAGCUCCAGGCUAUAGAAAAUUCAGGAAGAUCACAGAGCUGGCAUGGAUCCCGCCAGUGAUCAACCCCUGAACAGCCUUGAUGUCGCCCCCCAGCGCAAACCCCGCACCCCCCUGCAGACCUUCAAAAAGGUGGGGAUCCCCAUCAUCGCGGCACUGCUGGGCCUGGCAGCCAUCGUCGUCGUGGCUAUUCUCAUCAAGGUGAUUCUGGACAAAUACUACUUCCUCUGCUGGCAGCCCCUCCACUUCAUCCCGAGAGAGCAGCUGUGUGACGGCCAGCAGGACUGUGCCUCAGGGGAGGAUGAGCAGCUCUGUGUCAAGAAAUUCCCCGAUGGGCCCCCAGUGGCAGUCCGCCUCUCCAGGGACCGAUCUACCCUGCAGGUGCUGCACCCAGCCACACAGACCUGGGCCUCUGCCUGUUUCGACAACUUCACGGAAGCUCUGGCCAAGACAGCCUGUGGGCAGAUGGGCUAUGACAGCAAACCCACCUUCAGAGCUGUGAGGAUUGGCCCAGACCAAGAUCUGGAUGUUGUGAAAAUCACAGAGAAUGACCAGGAGCUUCGGGUGCAAAACUCAAGCGGCCCCUGUCUCUCAGGCUCCCUGGUUUCGCUGCACUGCCUUGCCUGCGGGGAGAGCCUGAAGGCCCCUCGGGUGGUGGGCGGGGAGAAGGCCUCUGUGGAUUCCUGGCCCUGGCAGGUCAGCAUCCAGUACAACAAACAGCACAUCUGUGGAGGGAGCAUCCUGGACCCCCACUGGAUCCUCACGGCAGCCCACUGCUUCUGGAAGCAUCUCGAUGUGCCCAACUGGAAGGUGAGGGCCGGCUCAGACAAACUGGGCAACUUCCCAUCCCUGCCUGUGGCCAAGAUCUUCAUCACUGAGCCCAACAGCACGUCCCCCAAAGAGAAAGACAUUGCCCUUGUGAAGCUGCAGCUCCCGCUCACGUUCUCCGGCACAGUCAGGCCCAUCUGCCUGCCCUUCUCUGACGAGGAACUCACUCCAGGCACCCCAGUCUGGGUCAUCGGCUGGGGCUUUACGGAACCUAAUGGAGGGAAGAUGUCUGAUCAUCUGCUGCAGGCGUCCGUCCAGGUCAUUAACCGCACUCGGUGCAACGCGGAGGAUGCGUACCAGGGGGAAGUCACGGAGAAGAUGCUGUGUGCAGGCCUCCUGGAGGGCGGUGUGGACACCUGCCAGGGUGACAGUGGUGGGCCUCUGAUGUAUCACUCUGGCCGGUGGCAAGCAGUAGGCAUCGUGAGCUGGGGCUAUGGCUGUGGGGGGCCGAGUACCCCUGGAGUAUACACCAAGGUCACAGCCUACCUCGACUGGAUCUACAAUGUUCGGAAGUCUGAUCCAUGAUGCUGCUGCCCACCUGCAGUGCUGGAAACUGCUUCCCUCCUGCCCUGCCCACCUGGGGAUCCACCAGAAGUCAGGCACAGAGCAAGAGCCCCCUUGGGCCCAUCUCUCUGCAAUCUCGGCAUUCCUUGGCACAGCAAAGGACCUCCACUCCUGUAAGAGACCCCACAGCCCACAGGCACCCAGGAGAAAGUCAGCAGCCCCAGCUCAGAUACCCUGACGCUUCCAGCAUCCCAAGGAAGGAGAGACACAGCCCACAAGCCAGCCUCCAGGCCAAGGUCUUGGAAGACAUUGCUAGGCCAAAAAGGAAAUUUCUACUGAAGAAAAGAAUGGACAUAGAUGCUCUUCUCAGAGCCCAGAUCACCACGAGCUAGAGUGGAGGGAGGAAAGGGUGUGUGCCAGCCCUCUCCUUCCCUACCCAUCCCCAAGCCCACCCAAACGAGGAAGCAUUUAGAAUGUAAAAUGCACUGUCCUGCUGUUUGCACUAUCAUUUCUUACUAUUGUUAUUACUGCUACCUCUAUGGCCACUGUUUAUUAUACUGGUGGGUGAGCUCCUUGAGGCUGCAUGGUGAGAGCUGAGCUCAAACUACUGACGCAUGAUCUGUACUUUGGCCUGGGUAGGAAAAGGUCUUGGGGAGAUGAUUGACACUCAAAGCAGAAGAAGAGGAAAAAUGGAGACCAGAUCUGAUGGGUAGAAGCAACAGUGACCAGCCAACUGGUAAAGCCAGCAUCAGUCAGUAAGUCUCCUUUGCACACACGUCUCAUCCCACUGUCCUUCUCUCCUUCCUCCCUGCCGUGAUAUACCCUCAACUUGGGAGGAAGAGAAUUUGGACCUUCAAGGCUGACAUUACAUCCUGGCUCCCCAAGUGGCUAGAAGGAGGUAUUGCACCUCUAAGUCACAACCUGGAAAGCCCUGGCUGUGGUUUUUAUCUUUCGCUUUUUAAAAAAGUCAUUUAUGGGGUUCCUUAGUAGCCCAGUGGUUAAGUAUUCAGCAUUGUCACUGCUGUGGCUUGGGUUCAAUCCCUGGCCUGGAAACUUCCACAUGCAGCCAAAAUUAAAUAAAUAAAAACCAAAAAUAAAAACAAAUAAACAGGAGUUCCCGUCGUGGCGCAGUGGUUAACGAAUCCGACUAGGAACCAUGAGGUUGCAGGUUCGAUCCCUGCCGUUGCUCAGUGGGUUAACGAUCCGGUGUUGCGGUGAGCUGUGGUGUAGGUCACAGACACGGCUCGAAUCCCGAGUUGCUGUGGUUCUGGCAUAGGCUGGCAGCUACGGCUCCGAUUAGACCCCUAGGCUGGGAACCUCCAUGUGCCGCGGGAGUGGCCCAAGAAAUGGCAAAAAAAAAUAAAAAUAAAAAUAAAAUAAACAAAAUAUUUAUCAUCUGCCAGGUAUGAGAUAGUCUCCAUGCUGGGUUCUGAGGAUAUAAACAUGAAUAAAUUCCUACACUCAAAAUGGCCAGAGAAGUUAGCCCAGUUGGUAGCUUGAUGAAGGCCCAGGUAUUCUGAAGACCCUCUUGCUACAGCUGGGUCAAAUCCUGGAUAAAAUAGACUUGUUAGGGAGUUCCCAUUGUGGUACAGCAGAAACUAAUCUGACUAGUAUCCAUGAGGAUGCGAGUUUGAUCCCUGGCCUCGCUCAGUGGUCAAGGAUCCGGCGUUGCUGUGAGUUGUGGUUGUAGGUGGCAGACACAGCUUGGCUUCUGAGUUGCUGUGGCUGUGGUAUAGGCCAGCAGCUGCAGUUCCAAUUGGGCCCCUAGCCUGGGAACCUCCAUAUGCCGCACAUGCAGCCCUAAAAAGCCAAAAAAAAAAAAAAAAAAAAAAGACUUGUUAAUGGUGUAUUAGGUUCUUAGUAAAUAAUAUAAAUCCUCAAAGGCAAAAAAAAAAUCAAAAUACAAUAAAACUGUCAGAAUCAUGAGCUGAAACUAAGGUGGAGAUCUGGGAGCAGCUAACUAUAAUCUUGGGGUCCCCUAGGGACAAAGACUUACAUGAAGGCUGAGAUCAGAACUAAACCCAGACUCACUGCAGGUAGGGAAGCUGAACCUGGGACUCUCACAUGCACCAGAGACAAUCAAAGGAGGCAUAUGUGGUCCCAGAUGGCAGAUCAAAUGCAGGAGGAAAACAUCCCAAAUUUAGAGCCUUGGGAUACCCCAAGAUCCUCCAAAUAGAAGCUCACAAUCAAAGAUCAGUCAAGAUUUUAAACAAGAAAAACCACCGUAUGCCGCAUAUGAAAAUCAUCAAAACCAGAAAAUAGAACCUCAAGGAUUUCAGAUGUUAGAAUUAUCAGGUAAUUACAAUAAUAACUAAUAAAGUAUUUCUAUGUCCUGGGCACUAUUCUAAGUAUUUCAUCAUCCCCCAGCACAGGAGCUUUCUUCUGACACAGGCACAGCCCCCUCCAAAAAAAAAAA